AUGUCUACUCCGCGUCUUGUUGGGCGUUAUGAAUUCAUUAGGCUUGUGGGUAAAGGUGGAUUUGGUGUCGUUGAGGAGUACCGUGAUCUCCUCACAGGUGAGCAGGUUGCAAUUAAAAAGGUUCCAGCGCGGUUUGUGGAUCAAGAAAGUAAGCGUCUCAUUCGUGAAAUUGACACCAUGCUGUUUCUGCAUGACGCCCAUCCACAUGUGAUUGGUUUUUUUAAUAUGUUUGUGACGCCGUGCAAUGAUGUGGAAAGUCGGUUUGUAGAGGAUGGUGUUCGGUGCGGGGGGUCCGCGGUGUUGGGGGAGGCCCCGCAAAGUUUAGAUGUGGAGUCUCCAGCGUAUGCCGGUCUUAGUUCUACGGCAGCACUAUUCAAGCAUCACAAUCAACUGGAGGCUGAAGUGGCGAAAAUACGCGGCUGCGAUAAAUUUAAUCUUCAUAUUGUGAUGCCUCUUAUGAAGGGGGACUUACUUCACUUCAUCAACCAUGCGUCUCCUGCAGGUCUAAAUUUGUCAGUUACAGAUGACUUUAUUGAACAGGUAUUUGCUGUGGUGGCGUUUCAGAUUUGCUUUGGGCUAGACUACUUACACAAGUGUAAUAUCGUUCAUCGUGAUAUGAAGCCUGAAAACAUACUUAUUCGUUUGCACAAUACCAAUCCGUAUGAAUCCACAGCCCUUAUUGCGGACCUGGGGCUUGCGCGGGAUGCCCAAGCCAGUGAUACAUUUUAUGUUUGUACACGUUACUAUCGACCACCUGAAAUUAUAACGACAGUUUCCCGUGGGGAGACGUCGAUUGAUGUGUGGUCGCUAGGUUGCAUUUUAUUCGAAAUGGUGACAGGGCGUGCCCUCUUUACCGUUAGCUCAGCCCUCAAUGAGCAUGGUGUGUGGGAAGGUCAUCGCGCCAGUACUCAGUUAGAGGUGAUUUUGAAUACUAUUGGAACUCCAAGCCACGAUGCGAUUAAGCAGUUUAUGCCAGUGGGGAACGCACAGUUAUAUCUGCUGCGGAGUACCCCUCGCCCUUCACGACUCAUGGAAUUGAUGAGGAACAACUGGCGGCUGCAUACGACACGCGGCCGUCAAGCAAAGUGGAUGGACUUAAUCUUCCGUUGCCUCGUUUUUUUUCCAGAGCAACGCCCUACAUGCGAAGAAUUGUGCCGGCACCAACUCUUCCGAGACUUCAAUGUCUUUUAUGGUGAAAAUGUGAUACAGUACCCUGCGAGGGUUUAUCAACCGGCACAGGUGGGAACGCUGGUGGUUGAAAACAAGGAGAUUAUUUUGCGCCUUGCUCGGCGUGCCUUGGUGAAGUCCGCGCGCUACACCGAGGAAGGCGCAAUAGAUGAAACGGGCGGGGAGGAAGAAGAAGACAGUAUGGUUGCGUUUGGGAAUGAUCCCUUGCAGCGGGAAGAAAGGGCGUUUGAAGAGAGGAACGGGAGAAGCCCCAUGGCGGUGCUUUCCGCAUCAACAGAAAAUGACGUCUCUAGAGAAUUGAACUUGGAAACGGAGGGAACACCGAAGGAAUUUCCCCACCUGAGCGACCCCGAGCUUCGCCGCCAGUACGCCGCGAAUGACUUAUCUGGCGAUGCCUUGGACCAUGUUGUCACCAGGCUUCUCAACGACUUACAGUACCACACGCACGACCCGGAACGAUCCGAGCAAUUGAGAGCUCUACUCAAUUAUUUUGCCUCCCGUCGGUGA